AUGUCCAGCACUCCAAAUGAUACCCCUCAGCGGGCGACGGCUGCUCAGUUAGCCACGAGAAAGAUCAAAGAACUUAACAAGCGUCGCGUUAAGCCCACCUCGUCCACUCAGACACCAUUUUCUUUUGGCGAGACCAGCGGUGCAACCGCAGCUCCUUCAAGCUCUACGGCUUCCAAUGGCUUUUCGUUCGGUCAAUCUCAGAGCUUUCCUGCGCCAAGUGCUUCAGGUGCGACUCAGAGCGGCUCCCAGUCCCUUUCCUUUGGCGCUGGGGCUCCUGCUUCUUUCAAUUUUGGAGGCUUUGGCUCUACUCCUGCUAGCAACCCAUUCGCCACUUUGAACGGCGGUAACACACAAACUCAAACUCAAGUCCAGCCAUCCAACGUUUUCGGUGCUCAAAGCUCGACUCAGCCUGUACAACCCUCAGGUCAGGGUGUUUUUGGUCAAAGCUCGAACUCAGGUUUUCAAGCCCAACCAGCAAGUACUGGUGCCAACCCAUUUGCACAGUCUACUGCUACAGCCCCUGCUUCUACUUCACUUUUCCAGACACAGCCUGCUUCGACUGGUUCAUCCUUGUUUGGACAAACAAAGCCAGCAACCACUGUUACCAAUCUCUUCGGACAGGCCACUUCUGCUCCUCCUAUAUCCACCUCUGCAACUGCGACUGCACCUGGUUCAAUUUUUGGCCAGCAAUCCACUUCUGCUGCUCCUAGUGCUCCACUUUUCCAGUCAAAGCCUGCCACAACCGUGGGCUCAACUCUCUUUGGUCAAAACCCUCCAGCAACCACGACCGGCACUACAAACCUGUUCGGUCAGCCAGUUGGUGCUUCAUCUGCUGGUGGUGCUACUACUGCAACUGCUACAAACGGUCCUGCAUCUUUGUUUGGGCAGGCACCUUCUGCCACUGGCUCAUCAUUGUUCCAGCCUAAACCAGCCACGACUGGGACAAAUAUAUUCGGUCAGACUGCUACUGCCUCAAGUCCUGCUGCGUCUUUGUUCGGACAAUCUCUCGCUGCUCCAUCUACACCAAACAAGGCUAGCCCCUCUUUGUUUGGAAAUGCACCUUCAGCAAGUGCGUCCAACACUUUCAACUUUGGACAGACUACUACUACGAUCCAGAAGCCUCUUUUUAAUGUCACCAGUGACGCAGAUGACAUGAGCACUUCCCCUGAUGGUAAACGCAAAGUUAGCGAACAACCUCCUGCGCCCUCAAACAUUUUUGGCCAGAAGCCUGCGCACACUUCCGUCCCAUCUGAAAUCAGUCGUCCCGGGUCUUCGCUUUUUGGCGCUCCCACCCCAUCAGCGACCGGCAACCCUCCAUCGCCCAGCCUUGGUGCUUCCAACAACAUCUUUGGCCAAAAUCCGUCAAGAUCGGUUUCACCUGUGCCAAACGGAGUUACAACUGCAGCUACUUCUGUAUUUGCGCCUGCUGCUCCGGCCUCUACCGCGCCUAACCCGUUUGGAUCGUUGUUUGGAGCCAGUUCUACCAAGCCAGCCUCAACUCCAGCGCCAGCUGCAUCAGCAUCCGUGUCUGCUGCGCCAGCCCAAUCACUUUUUGCGGCAACUUCCAAAUCAGCCACAACCACAGCACCAGUGACAACUGCUCCUGCAGCUACAUCUACAACCAAGUCACUUGUCGCUGGAGCUUCUCAGCCAGCUCAGGUCGGGUCUCUGUUUGCACCUCAGCCGUCCCCUGAUAAAAGACUUGGUGGUGCAAUCAUGGAUCAAGCUCUUGCUAAAAAGGCUGCUGGCACAGUUCAGGUAUCUGCUGAAGAAUCCCUCGAAGGCGACAAGAGAGCUCAAAUUGUCGACCUGAACCGUGGCUUCAAGGAACACGUUGCUUCCUACGACCCCGAAAACCAGAGCUUGGACAGCAUUAUCAUCUAUUAUAUCAAAAUGAGAAAGGUGAUCGGCGCACCGGUCGGUUCACUUACCAAUAAGCCUGGUAAGCGUAAGCUUGACGACACGCACGGGAUUGAAUCGCCAGCUCAAAGACCCACUACAAAGAAAUCAAAGGCUCAAGAGCCCACCCCAGAGCCUGAACUUCCCUCUGUUCGACCUUCGGCCGCCGGGAAGCGAAAAUCGUCAGAAGACCUUGAUGAUAGUGCGAACAGUAAACGCGGCGCUCAGCCUUAUGUGCGUCCUUCUACAACCCAGGCAGGUGGAAAAUCAGAGACAGCCAGCAUCUUUGCAAGUUCAUUCUCAGCGCCCAAAGCUGCAGCGCCAGCUAACACAACUUCUACUGGCUCCAGUCUAUUUGGCUUAAGAUCUGGUGGAUCAUCCACUAAAGAAACUCCUCGCGCAGCAUCUCCCCAGAAGGAAAUAUCAGAACCUGCUGCGAAACCAACGUUUGAGGUCCCCAAGUUUGGUAACCUGAAUUUUGCAGGCCAGUUCGGCAAGGGAAGCUUCCAGGCGUCUUCUAGUGAGGCCCCUAGGGUCAAACUUGACCUCCCCAAGUUUAACGUUUCUGGACAAAGUUUUAUGAACCAGUUUGGUCAAAAAGCUAAAGGCGACGAUGAUACCGAUGAAGACAGUGACUCUGACGCAGAGCCUGUGGUUGAGAAGAAAGUUGAAAAACCAAGCUCCGCGCAAGCAUCUAGUCUCUUUUCGGGGUCCGUCUUUGACAGCAAGCCAGGAACACCUUCGAUUGGAACAAACAACAUUUUUGGUCAUUUGAACACUUCUACUGCAACUUCAGAUGCUGCAGAAUCAUCCGACGAUGAUUUGACAGAGCAGCUACAGAAGCGGGCCAAGAAGACUCAGCCCGAUUCUGAGACCGACCCGAAGCCAGUGAGCAGCCUAUUCGGUCGUAUCACUAGACCUGAUGGAACGCCUGUCAAUCUUAGCUCCGAUGAAGAAAAGACAGAGACUCCCAAACCGAAACCACUUUUUGGACAAUCCACAUCUAGUCCAUUCCUCGCUGUUCCCAACAACACACCUCUAUUUAGCUCGACAUCCACCUCAAAAACGUCCUCUAACAUCUUUGGAGGAUCUUCGACACCAUCAACAACAUUCAAUCCUUUCCCCUCCAGUCUCAACCCGGCUGCUCAACUUCUUGCCAAAGAGGGAACAACAACUGCUAGCGUCACAUCUGAUUCAAACGCGGAAGAGACCGACACCGAGACCGUCAAGGACACGCAGCUUAAUUUGUUGACCAAUGCUGGCGAAGAAGAUGAAGAUUGCCUCUGUGAAGUCCGUUCGAAAGGGUUGAAAUUGGCUGAAAAGACGGCAGAUAACGGGAAAACCGAGAAGACUUGGGAAGUGCAGGGUCUCGGUCCACUUCGUGUUCUUGUGAACCGAGAAACAAAACGCGCUCGGUUCCUGCUACGUGCAGAUCCCAGUGGAAAAGCUGUUCUCAACACAUCAAUCAGUCGUGCCAUCGAAUACAAGACACAAUCCGGGAACUGCACGUUCCUGGUGCCCCGUGUAGAUGGCUCUGGUAUGGAUCUAUGGACGCUUCGUUUCAAGAAAGAAUUUACCGCGGAAGUCGAGAAUGCCGUGAAGACGGCCAAAGAGGGUUUGCCCAACUAA